CUGGUUCUGUAAACUUUCUGCCAGAAAGCUUCUGACAACAAUGCAACGCGCUGCAGUCACCAGCUGCCUUUUAAUUUGCAGCUUCCUUCAAGCAGGUCACUUUGCUGUAAUAGAAACACAGGAGACUGUCUGGGCAGCAGUGGGAGACCAGGCCUCUCUGAGCUGUCGGCUCACUGAGGAUAAAGAUGUUCUCCAGAUCACCUGGCAGAAGGUCGGCCCUGGUGGAGAGAAGAACCUCGCCACCUACACCAAGAAGUUUGGUUCUAGAGUGAGUUCUGAUCUGGAGGGGAAAAUGGAUUUCCAGUAUGAGUCUGUGCAGAGAUGCUCCAUGGUGAUCAGGAAGGUGACUCAUCAGGAUGAAGGCUGCUACCGAUGUUUGUUCAACACCUAUCCUGAAGGAGCGCUGAUAGGCUGGACCUGCUUAAAACUCUGUGAGCUGCUUGGACCCUUCAUUGAUGUCAGCAGAUCAGACUCUCCUCCAGGGUCGGUGGUGACCUGUUCAGCCACAGGUCGACCUGUUCCCAUUGUAACACUGACUGUUCUCCAUCAGAACCUCAGCUUCUCUCACUACAACACCAGCAGAGUGAUCAACACCAACGGUACCAUCACUUCCACCAUCACAGCUCUGCUCUCAGCUCUUAAUACCACACAGGUUGGAUGUUCAGUAUCACUAGACUCUGCUGCUCUCAGAGAGCUGCUGGUCAUCGUUCCUGGACUCACAGAUUUAUCUGAUGGUUUGGAUGAAGACUUUGAGUCUGAUCGUAAGGACGUAGGUCUGCUUGUAGCUAUUGCAAUGGGAUCAUUUGUUCUUCUCUUUUGCAUUUUUGGGUGUUUAUCCAUGUUGUGGUUCAAAAAAUCGCAUCAGAACAGAAAGAAGAAAAACCGUACAGAACCAUUUACAAAUAACCAGUGUCUGAAGAAAGUUGGGGAAGGUGUGAAACCAACCGGGUCAGAGGAUGUGUGGACCGGUCCUGCCCCUGUGCCUCCUGCUGUGGAUCCUACCAGCAACACAAGGAACAAAACCAUUUCAAUUAAACUGACUAAUGAGGUUAAACAGCGACAUUCUACCAAGAAAAGUCCAGCAAGAAACAACCUCACAAGAUUUCCUUCAGUGGCAAAAAAACUGUUUAGAUGACAGAUUGACAAGAUCAUUAAAGAUCCAGUAGAUCAUUCAAAAUGCCUGAAAAAUGAAUGGGUCCCUCUUGGUUGGAUAAACUAAACACUGUGCUCCUGUGUUUGUAUUCCAUUCUAAUUCAUAUAAAGAAGUUUGAAUUGUCCUCAUGCUGUAAAUAUUCUAUGUAAAUAAAAUCACCUCAAGAUGUA